CGCUCUUUGGAUUAGCUCUUUCCCUCUACUUCCCUAUUGUUCUUUUGUGGCCAAAAACUCAGUGACAGUCAUUUCACAGCAUGUUUAAUAUUUAAAAAAAAAAAGAGAGAGUGAGCAGGAAUUGGUUGUAAGGAAGGAUUUGCUUGUGGGCAAUGAAGUAAAGUCCACAAAUCUGCAUAUAGGAAAGCCAAAAAUCUUUUUUUUUUUUUUUCCCUUCCUCUAGAGGUCAUAAGGGGACAGGAGACAGACUCAGAAUCCUUGUUUCUAAGCUAUAAAGCUUCGGAUGCAGUAACUUGCACAAUUUUUGGAAAAUAUUAGGAUGAUUUAUAAAACCUUCACUGGAGAGUGGCAAAUGAGACUUAUAAAGCAAUGAGUUAAACAAGGAGUUCCCAAACUGUGGUUUGCAUACCACUAGGGGUGCAAGACAACCUUGGUGGGGGUGAGGGGGGAGUAUGCAGGAGAAACUCUGUAAAGGCUGGUUUAAUUUUUAUUAUAAUUGGCAUUUUAGGGGUAUGCAGGCAGGUAGUAAAUCAGGAAGGGAGUAUGCAGUAAAAAAGUUUGGGAACCUCUGAGUUAGACUUCAGGUGUGUUCUGCAGAAUGUGCAUGGUUCUGCAGAAAUGUAGGGAAACCCUAAGCUUGAUUUGGACUGACUGGGUGUCCUGCUUGCUGUUUGGAAGAGCUACACAGGCAGCACCUUCAUCCUGGGAGAUUAGUGCUGCCUUCCCUACAGUUCAGCUGGAAACAUGUGGGCAAGUUUUCUAGAUGCUGUCUGUCUUAAGUCCUUCCCAGAUGGUUUUUAGAAUAGCAGUACCCAAAACAGUGGUCUGUGAAGAGCUGGCUCACCCCCAAGUUGUAGGUACUCUAUUUCCAGCUAAUACAUCAUAUUAAAAAUGGCUACACAUUUGCAAAUGGCUACAUGGUCUGUAUACUUGGUUUAGGUAUCCCGUAGGAUCAUUAAAGAGAAGCGCGUUUGUAAUAUAAAUAUGCAUUAACAUUGCCCAUGUGACAACGUCCCUCUGCUUUAAUUAUCAUUGGAUUGAAAUUGUUUGGGACCACAGGAAAAAGAGGGAGGGAAUAUUUUACGCUUGCAGUAGAGAUGUGGAAGAACUGUCAUCUGUCUUGGGAGAUGUGGGAACAGGGAAGAGAGCAGAGACUCUUCUGUAGAAAGCUUAAGUGAUUCUUGCUCCAUAUUGUAAAAUACUGUCUAUAUUAAAUGAAUUUUCACAAAAAGGGAAGUGGUUUCCUUCCAAGUAAUGGAGAAGAAGGCUUCUAAACUUGGUUUAUAUCAAAAACCUCUUCCCUCUAAGAGGCACUGCAGAUUGAGUUCCUAAUUUGAAAAGAAUGUCUGUUGGGUGUGUCCAAACCACCUCUUUUCCACAAGCCCCAGAAAACAGACUUAGUUGUCUGUAGGUUGGGGUCUGCUGUCCUGGCUGAGAAAUGGUUUGGCAAAAAUGAAUAAAAUUUAAGAACCUUGAUAUUUUCUACACAAGGAUGUGAUAAAGUGGUGUCAGAUGUUGUGCCUAGGUAUUCCCCCCCGCGAGUUGGAGGAUUUGUACAGGCAUCAGCCUUACUUAUAACAUGAUGAUUUCAGAUUGGCAGCACACGCUUUAAGAAUCAUGACACUUGAUUAUUUCAGUUCUCAGAUUUUUAAAAAAUAUUUAUUUAACCUCGCAUCACCAUUGUAGCUUCACUUCAGAGUACAGCAGGACACUUGUUGUCUAGUUUGAUCAGCAAGGAUCAGACACGGUCAGCCUGCGUUCUCUACCUUGUUUGCUUAUCAAGUGGCAAUUUUUUUACAUUUAAGUCUUUAUUUUAUUUUUUAAAGCUGUAACCAUAUUAGCUUCUGGUUUAUCGUGGAGUCCCUCAAGCUAAGGAUUAAAGUCCUAGCGCAGUCCUUCAUCCUUCUGAACUGAGUUCCAAGAAGUUGGCAUAAGUUGUAUAUCUUGUCUACUUUAUUUGUUUGCACUGUAUAUGUGGUUCAGGGACUGUCUUGGUUUUGUACAAAACCUAUCAUGCUGUUGCCAUUUAACAAAUGUUUAUAAUGGAGGAAAACGCAUGGAAACUUUAAAAAAAAAAAAUCAAAACAAAAAAACAAGGUUUGUUUUUGCUGUGUAUAAGUACUAAAGAUGCAAUUGAUUUCCCAUAGGGCAUUUUUUCUCCAGUGUCCCUAGCAAUAACUUUCCCAGGGCGUUCUGCCGGGGCUCACAUUGGCUCCCAUUCUUCACUUUCCUGUCCCAUUAAUGGCUAUUUCAUAGAUCUGUGUGUGCAGUUCACAGAGCACUUGGAAAUGAAAGCUGCCGUAUGGAGUGGUGGAUAGGUCUUGUCUACAUAGCAGUCUCUCCACGGCUAUAGCUAUGCUAGCAGAGACCCAUAACGUAGAUGUAGAGUAUGCUGAGGGGAGCUUUUUAGAAGGUAUAGCCAUGCAGCAUACCCUGAAUAUGAGCAAAACUGUUGACAGCACUCUGUCAACAAAGCUUCAUUUGCCCCAGAGCUACAGCAUGAGAGUGUGUAGCGUUUUCCACAUGUUAGGCCUAACAGCUAUGAAGGCAGAACUGCGUAAUGUAAACCUGGCCAUAGCCUGUAGCCUUGUGUUUAAGGGGCUAGAUUGAACCUGGCGAUUUACAGUUAUUUCUAGCCAUGCUGCAGACUUCUUGAGUGGGUCACUAGCCUCUCCCUUUAGUUUGGCACUUACGGAAUGGGGAUAUGUCUGUACCUCAGUUGGGGACUUAUUUCACUGACUUAUUAUGCAUAAGUGAUGGGGCUGUAUGUGUCCUUACCAAUAGAAAAAUAAAAUUGCUACUCUAGUUCUAUGAAUUUUUAGACAUCUCUCAGUUUAAUGCUGAUGUACUUCAGGUUCAUUUGUAUUAACAAGAUUAAGAAUAUUUUGUAUGUAAUGAAAUCUUUAAAUUAACAAAAGAAAGCAUAAUUCUGCAGUGCACAAAUGGAGUUUGUGUGUUAGGGAAAUGGACUGUUUUAACUGCAUGCCACAAUAAAAAAGGGAAUUGCUAUGCAUGCUUCAGUGACAACUGAACUUCUUAAGCAAGACUUGAGUUGCUCCCCUUAACCCCUGGAAGCCUCUUAACUGGAUCUGAAUCUAUGCGGACUGCAGUAAUUCAGUGAGUUCCACUGCAUGCAGCUCUAUCUACGUUUAAAGACCACUUGGAAGAACCAGCUGGUGCAAAAUUCAGCCAUUUUUUUUUUUUUUUUUGGUGUUACACGCUUCUGCAGCUUUCACCUCUGUUGCAAAGGUUACCCCUGACUUUGUUCUGCUCAUGAGCUCAAUCUUUUAUCUGUGGAGACUUGCAUUCUCCUUCCUGGUGUCCUAUCACACCAGUUGAGCUUCACUGGAAAUGUUACAGUUCCAAAUUUUUAACUAGAGGUAGUAGAGCACUUUUGGUGAAGAGGCCCUGACUCUGGAAUCGAAGCAAUGGACGACAGUAAAGUUUGUAUCUGACCUUCAGGUCCAUCUAUUUUUUCCAGCCUCUUCCUGAAGAGCUAGAGGAGAGAGGAUUUGGAUGCGGGAUAGUUGUGUGUUGUCAAAAAAAAUUCUCAUUGGAUUUUGAGUGUUUUAAUAUUGGAUUCAUAUUUAGGGACAUAAAUUGUUUAAAAACAAAACAACCCCCCUGCUUUCAUCAGGUUACCUGAAACACUGAGCAAAAGCAUGCUGCUUGAUAUAAUACAAGUAGGAAGACCAAUAAUGUAGUCCUGUUGGGUAUUUAAAAAGUGGGGGGACUCUAAGCUCCUGAUAGUGCGGUUGCUCUGAAGAUGAGAGAUACAAAUGAAUAUCCUGCAAGCUCUUUAGUGCAGUGAUUUCUACCCACUUUCCUGCCCUCCUUUUUCCUUGCGAUGCUGAACAACUAGUAUAAUUCAGGUGCUAAUCCUUUAAAGGGGUCCUUUGGUCUGAAAUAAUCUAUAUAAGAUGACUCUUAUUUUUCCUUGCCAACUUUCCCAUCUCAAUUUCAGAAGUUGAAUGGCUGAUACCUAUAUUGGGAGGUUUCUACUGCUAUAUCUAAAGAGGUAUACAAAUGCUCUCAGUCCAGCCAGACACCAAGCCGAAAGGUUGUGCUGGCUGCAACCGUAAGAUCAAGGACAGGUAUCUUCUGAAGGCCCUGGACAAAUACUGGCAUGAGGACUGCCUGAAAUGUGCCUGCUGUGACUGUCGUUUGGGGGAGGUGGGCUCCACCUUGUACACCAAAGCCAACCUUAUCCUUUGUCGCAGAGACUAUCUGAGGUUAUUUGGCGUUACAGGAAACUGUGCUGCCUGCAGUAAGCUCAUACCUGCUUUUGAGAUGGUGAUGAGAGCCAAGGACAAUGUUUACCAUCUGGACUGUUUUGCAUGUCAGCUUUGUAACCAGAGAUUUUGCGUUGGAGACAAAUUUUUCCUAAAGAACAACAUGAUUCUGUGCCAGACAGACUAUGAGGAAGGCUUAAUGAAAGAAGGUUAUGCACCCCAGGUUCGCUGAUCUGAUGCCACAUCAUUAAGAAUAUAAAGCACUAUGUUCUUUUAUCUUUUUUGCCCAACAUGUAUAUAAGAAAUGACACAGGAACCUACUGAAUAGCGUAGAUAUAGAGAAACAGGAUGGUUGCGUGGAAUAAAAGGCGGACUGCGUAUGUAUGUAGUGAAAAUUGCUCCAGUUCAGAGUUGAAUGUUUAUUAAAAAGGUACUGUAUAUACUGCUGGAUUUUUUGCUUGCUAUCGUUUUUUUUUUCUUUUUGUGUCACUUGGCAUGAGAUGUUUAUUUUGGACUAUUGUAUAUAAUGUAUUGUAAUAUUUGAAGCACAAAUGUAAUACAGUUUUAUUGUGUUA